GCCGUGUCCCUCAGCGCGGCCAUUAGCGGCGCCGCGCCGCCGCGGCGAACUACAGCUCCCGGCGGCCCCCGCGCCCGGCCGCUUCCCGCCGAGCUAAGAUGGCGGCCGCCGAGCAGCGUGGGGCCGGAGCGGCGCCGCCGGGCUACACGGCUCUGGCGGUGAAGUUCGGGGCGCGGCAGCGCUCGCCCCACUGCUUGUUGGUGAAGGAGCACCAGGUGCGCGAAGGGGCCGGCACCGCGCACCCGCCUCGCCGCACCCUCUUCGUCCUCAACGUCCCCCCGUACUGCAGCGCGGAUGCUCUGUCUCGGCUCUUCGCCCGCUGCGGGCAUGUGCAGUCUGUGGACAUCUGUGACAAGCCAGAGCCGGGAGAGAAAAAAGAAAAACUGACGUCCAAAUUCUUCAACCGAAAAUCUGUAACGGGAUUUCAAGUAGCAUAUGUGGUGUUCAGGAAACCAGGUGGUGUCCAGGCAGCCAAAGCCCUGUCACAGGGAGGUCCCUUGCUGAUAUCAACAGAGAGUCACCCUGUGAAAACCGGCAUUAGCAAGUGGAUCGCCAGCUAUGCGGCCUCAGUUGUGGAUCAGGAGGAGCUGAAGGCUGAGGUGGAUGCCUACAUGCAAGACUACGACAAAAGGAUAGCAGAGGAAGAAGCCAAAGCGGCCAGGGAGGAAGGUGUUCCAGAUGAGGAGGGCUGGGUGAAGGUAACACGGAAGGGCCGGAAGCCUGGCCUGCCCCGGACAGAGGCUGCCAACCUGCGGCUGCUGGAGAAGGAGAAACAGAAAAGGGCCCGCAAAGAGCUGCUCAACUUCUAUGCCUGGCAGCAUCGUGAGACCAAGAGAGAGCAUAUCGCCCAGUUGAGGAAGAAAUUUGAGGAGGACAAGCAGAGAAUCGCGCUGAUGCGAGCCCAGCGCAAGUUUCGGCCAUACUAAGCUGUGCUGAGCUAUUCCUCAGAUGCCUGUGCUGGAGAGGGUGGGAGCAAUACCUAUGGGCUCCUACGUGCCGAAAGAUUUCAAGGAACUGAGGCAGCUUCAGGUUGUCCCUGCCCUUGGAUCUGAAAUGGGAGAUUCCAGAAACUGCUGCUGGAGGGGGAGUUUCCUUCACUUGCACCGGUAUCCUGCUCUCCUGGUCGUUGUUCAGCCCUGUGGCAUCACUUCCCAGAGUGCUCAGGUUGAGGGGCUGAGGCACUUCCUUUGACAGCCUGUAUCUCCCUGCCACCCAAGGCCCUCCUAAAGCUUGGUGAGAGCUACUACAGCUUCUGCAGGGGCAGGGAGUGGCUGAAGAACUGUAAAUAAACUGCUGCCAUGUUCUCAGAA